CACGCUCGGCCGCUGUAGGCGAGAAGACACCGCUGCUGCUGCCGCUGCCGCCGCAGGGACGCACCGUUCGGCGGAACCGGAGGGACUGCCCCGCGACUGAGAGGCGUCAAUGGCCACAACAUUCCCCUCAAGAAGCCGCUGCCCGUGAGACAACCUGUGCGCCCAAUGCGUCCUGGAAAUUAGGACGCGCAUUUGCUGUAUUUUAGACCUUUUUCGCGCAACGGAAGUUUCUGUGACCGAUUUUUUUUUUCGGGGGAGGUGGAUCUCUUAAUUUAUAGGCUGCAACCAUGGACGAGGACAACCAAGUACCUGAGGACCUGUCUUUGGAAGAAAGAGAUGAGCUGUCGAACAUACGGCGCAGGAAAAAAGAGCUUCUGGAUGAUAUUGAACGGCUGAAGUUUGAGAUUGCAGAGGUAAUGACUGAGAUCGAGCAGCUAACCUGUGUGGGGGAGAGCAAAACCACCCAAAGAAACAAACAGAUCGCCAUGGGGAGGAAGAAGUUCAACAUGGACCCGAAAAAGGGGAUCCAAUUUCUUUUGGAGAACGAUCUUCUGCAGAACACCCCAGAGGACAUUGCACAGUUCCUCUACAAAGGCGAGGGGCUCAACAAAACAGUCAUCGGGGACUACUUAGGGGAACGGGAUGAGUUUAAUAUCAAGGUCCUCCAGGCGUUUGUGGAGCUUCACGAGUUUGCAGACCUCAAUCUUGUACAAGCCUUAAGGCAGUUUCUGUGGAGCUUCAGACUUCCUGGCGAAGCACAGAAGAUUGAUCGUAUGAUGGAGGCGUUUGCCUCCAGGUACUGCCAAUGCAAUCCUGGCGUCUUCCAGUCCACAGACACCUGCUAUGUCCUAUCAUUUGCCAUCAUUAUGCUGAACACGAGCCUGCACAAUCCCAACGUCAGAGACAAGCCCCCCGUGGAGCGCUUCAUCUCCAUGAACAGAGGGAUCAAUGAGGGGGGAGACCUCCCAGAGGAGCUACUCAGGAAUCUAUACGACAGCAUCAAGAGCGAACCCUUCAAGAUCCCAGAGGAUGAUGGGAACGACCUGACGCACACGUUCUUCAACCCGGACAGAGAGGGCUGGCUGCUUAAAUUGGGGGGCCGAGUGAAAACCUGGAAGAGAAGGUGGUUCAUCCUGACGGACAACUGCCUCUACUACUUCGAAUACACAACAGACAAGGAGCCUCGUGGGAUCAUCCCGCUGGAGAAUCUCAGCAUCAGGGAGGUGGAGGAGCCCAGGAAACCUAACUGUUUUGAGCUCUACAACCCCAAUCACAAGGGCCAGGUGAUCAAAGCCUGCAAGACAGAGGCAGACGGGCGUGUUGUUGAGGGCAACCACGUGGUGUACAGGAUAUCAGCUCCCACGCCGGAAGAGAAAGAGGAGUGGAUUAAAUCCAUCAAGGCCAGCAUCAGCAGAGAUCCCUUCUACGACAUGCUGGCCACCAGGAAGAGACGCAUCGCUAACAAGAAGUGAAGAGGGACAAUCUUCCCAACCUCCACCGACUCCAUCUCUCUCUCUCUCCCUCCGUUCAUGAACACAUAAACCACACACUGCAAAAGAUGGUUCACCACGGACAUGACUGUCAGCCCCAGAACAGACCUUGCCCCUGAAGACAAACCUCAGUCUCUCCCCUGGACUGUGCACAAGUCAUGUGCGCUUGCUGGGGAGACAUCACACACUACUGAGGGGACAGCAGAGCUCCAGAAAACUCAGAUAUAUGGACUUGAUUCUCGCAUGGAGCAGCACAUGAACAACCAACCAACCAGUUUGUUUCUCCUCCAUCUCAUUCACCCCCCCCUCCCCCAUGCUCAUAACUUGUUUCAAGGUCUCCCGAAAGCACAACUGCCAUGUUUCAGGUGCACAUGCAUGCAUGUGGGUUACCAAUAUGUUUGUGUUUGUUUAUGUGUGUGUGUAUGCAGCAGUGUGCAUGCUAACCAUGCGCACAGCAUCUACAGUAUGGGUGCCAUACAAGUCAUACAAGCGUUCUCUCCACUGUGCUUUAUGAAAAAUUCAAAAUCAGAGUUCAGAUGUGUGGUUAUCUACACAGGGCACGAAAUGUGUGUGUGCGUGUGGGUGGGAAAAGGAGACAGAUGGACGCUUUUGGGAGGUGGCGGGUUGAUCAGUGCAGUAUAACCUCACCUGGACCAUGUCGUCAUCUCACUCUGGUGCUGAAUUCUUCUUUACAGGUGCCAUGGCAGAAGCCCUGCUCAGAGUAACCUCAGAAAACAGCGCUGGCUUACGUUUAGGUUAGCAUUACAGUCUUGAGUCAGCUGGGCUGAUUUCAUUUAUUUGUGUGGAGCAGAGAAUUUUGAAAUGUGCAUACUUUUUUGUUUUAGUUGAGUAGAAAAUAAGCGUUUGCCAAGGCUUCAGAUGAAACUUGCUUUUUGGACCUGAAGUUGGAAUCCUUAAGAUUUCAGUCCGGGUUAAUUUGGUGACGCCCAUGUUUAACGGUGGUAAAAGCAAGUGCAGUUUAAUACGACAGCAGACAGAAAUACAGCAGAGGAGCAUCUGGUGUAUCUGUUUACAGUGCAGCCAAACCAACUCUCAUUGUUUUAAUAAAGAAGCCGGUGAGUAAUAACCGCAGCCGACAUGGCGGGAGUAGAUAUUCACUCACAGCAGAGCACAGUGAAGUUGGUUACCUUGCUAAAGAGGUGGAGGUAUGCAGCAUGUCCACUGUGGCUGCUCCAUUACUACCCUGCAAAAAUUAAAAAUGCCAAAAAUGAAUUAUUGAUCACGGUUAGCACUAACCUCAGUGACAAAUGAAAUUCAUUUCUAUUAUUUCACAAUAAGAGCCACUACAUGUUUCGCAGUUAAGCUUUUAAUUAGAAGUGUUAGGUUUGCAUUAGCUGCAGCUUGAUACUGCUCUUAUACAGCUGCAGGAGACUGGACGGUAAACAAUGAGGAUGAUACCUCUGACAUCAAAUUUAAAACAGCAGGAUGACAUGCAUGCAUAGUUCCCUUUGAACCACUUGUGCAAGCAGAGGCAAUUUAAACCCAGCAGGAUUACCAAUAAAAUCUAGUAGUCAUAGAGUUAUUUACAAAAUGGAAAUUCAUUAAUUGGCUGUUGCAGAUUAAAUGCUGACCAUAAAUAGUAUCAAAACAGGGUCUGAUUAGAUGAAAAUCUUAAGGAUUUUAACUUUUAAAGCACUCUCCUUUGUGAGAAAGUCUAUUCAGUCUACUGCGUAGGUUUUAUUUAUGGCUGUGCAAUGGCCCCGAUAGGGUACCAGUCCGAUUAAGCUUUUUUUUCCUUCUUCUUGUCUAUGACCUAUGUCAGUGAAGGUCGAUGUAUUGUUGUGAUCCUGUUUGCAUUUGGUUUGUAAUCCUAAAGAUCCUUGCUUGCUUUUGUGUUCCCCUUUAAAAGUAUAUGAAUAUAACCAACUAUCAUUUUGUAUUUAUUUCCGUUUGUGAAAUGGUUUAAUACUACCUGUAAAUGUUAAACAAUGUAUGCUUAAGUUAUGUAUGUAUAUAUAAUGUAUAGGUUUCUGGUCUCUUUGUUGUAGUAUGCACACUCUGUGUAACAUGUUUGAGCCUGCAGGCGGAAGUUUGCAUCAGCUGAAGUUUGGGGUCUUCUUUACAAAAGCCUUAAACAUAAUCAUAACAAAACAUAUGACGGUGAUGAUGAUGAUGAUGGUGAUGAAGAUGAUGAGAAUAUUGGUUAAUAACUGUGACGAUGCUGUUAAAAAAAAAAGCCAUGACUGACGUGUGAGAAAGAUGGUUGUAUUUUACGAUGAUGAUAAAGAUUAUAGUGAAAAUGAUGUUUGAUGUUAAUGAUGAUGAUUAUAGUGAAGUAAUAUAAGUGAUAAUGAUGAUGGUGGUGAUACUAUCAUUGAUGAUGAUGUCAAAAGCUAUAAACACCAGUAGUUUUCUAUGUGAUUGUAAAAUAAAAUGAAAGCCUUGUGGUCAGGGCAGAAUAUUAUCUUCUACCGCCCUGUGUGGGCUUAUAGUUACAUUAACUUUUAUAUUCUCUGUAAAAGCUAUUGGUAACGCUGUACAUUACGUGUAUCUAUAUAAAGUAUACAUAA